AUGUCGACUAGGUCGAAGAAAACCUCUGGCCCUGGCCUUUCCCCAGAUAAUGAAGCAUUUAGAGAAGAGAUGAAGACCUUAAUCAAAGAAGAAAUCAUGAAUGCGUUUGCCACCCAUGUUAAGGAAGCUUUGCAAAAUGAGCUUUCGAAAAUUGUUGCCCCGAUAAAUGAUCAAAUCGUGUUGCUUUAA